UUCCCAUGGGAUGCUGUAUACUUGAAUUCUGCGUGGCAAAGCUAACUUUUCCCCAAGGCGAAGGCAUACGGCACAACUCCCCUUCAGGCAUCCAAACACAGCGAUCCGCAGCCAAGUAGUCUUCGUGCCCUCAAAGAUACUGCCAUAAAGGUCGAGGUGUGAACGGUCUGCCACGGCUCACCCCUGAAGUGAGAAACUCGAACCCCCAUAUUGGCGCUUGAGCCUCGCAGUGAUCGUCAAAGAUACAGCAGUUGACGACACAACAGCGUGCGAGACAUUUCAUAUCGAUUCGAGCGUUGCUCGGAGGAGCUGUAUCGCAGGAGAGUCCUGGUCUCUGAUUUUCGAGAGCAUUCAAGCAGCUACCCCGAUAUGUUGGAGUCACUCCAAACCAGUCAGCAGAGUCAGUCUGAAGCGAGGACUCGAGGACAAACACCGAACACGUGACACAACAACUCUUCCUCCAACUGUGACCCGACGCCAGCAAUAAUGCCUUUCGGACUCGCAAUCGGGACUGACCGCGCUAACGCGCUCCAACUCUCCAUCCAGAAUGAGCUCACAAGGAGAAACUACAGUCCAGAACCCGACCCGGUCAUGGCGGAGUAUAUUACCAUAAUGAUAAUCAACAACAAGACUUCUGCUCAAAUAACGAGCGAGUUGGAAGAUUUAAUUGGAUCCGACUUCGACCCCAAUUUUACCGACUGGCUCUUUUCCGAGGCAGCCAAGGGCGAAAACGAGCCAGCACCAUCCGCACCAGCACCAGCCGAACCGUCCAGUUCUCAGCCCGCUGCUGCUGCCGCCAGUGUCGUCUCUGCUGCUACAACCGACCGUCGUCAGUCCCGCAAUGGAGUGUAUCAACAAGCCAUUUCCCAAAUUCCAUCCACGUCCCCCUCCGCCCAAAAACGAUCCGCAUCCGCCCGUUCGCCCUCACCAUCUCAAUCCAACAAAUCGCGACGGACAGACCUGCCCACGGGGCCGCGCGCGAUGCAACGGGAGGGACAUGGCAACGCGAAUCCGCGCAGUCUGUUAGACAGAGUGGGUGGUCCGAGUGGUGGCCGGAACCAUGGGAACUUUGGGCAGGAUGAGAUGCAGUCCAGGAUUGACAACAUUGUGAACACCCCCGAGCAGCAGCAACAAAUGAUGAUGAACGGGGGCUUCCCGAUGGGCAUGGACAUGAGCAUGAUGAACGGAAUGACGAAUCCCUUAAUGCUGCAGGAGAUGAUGAUGAACCAAAUGGCGCUUAUGGCUCAAAUGGCGUCAAGCAUGGGUAUCAUCAAUCCAGCAACAGGCCAAUUCGGUGGCCCUGGAUUCGGCGGCAUGCCCGGAGACAUGUCGAUGUUCCCCGAGGCCAACGGUGGACAUGGCGGAAACCCGAAUGGUCGCGGCCGAGGAAAUGGACGAGGCCGAGGUAGAGGAUCGGGCCGGGGAGGAUCUACCGGUGGAAGGGCGAAUGAAAUGGCUGUCCCGGUAGCUGAAGAGGUUUCCGUCCCCCUGGUUGCGCCAACUCCGACACCAGCCGCCGCAAUCGCUGCUGCGCCCUCCGUUGCUUACGCCAUACCCGAACGGCCGCAAUCGCCGACGCUGUGCAAAUUCUCGCUGAAGUGCACCAAUCCUCAGUGCCGAUACUCGCAUCCGUCGCCAGUGGCCACACAGGAAAGCGGUGUGGUGCUCAGUAAUGAUGCUUGCGAAAAUGGGAAGGAUUGCAAGGACAAGGACUGUGUCAAGGCACAUGUCAGCCCUGCUGUGCUGAACCCACAAGCUCAACCGCCGACACCGAAUGUACCGACGCACAGCAGCCCGGCUGCUGGUGUUCCGUGCCGUUUCGGUGCGAGUUGCACGCGGCCCAACUGCACGUUUACGCAUCCUGCGAAAAGCAACGCACAUUUCGCACAACAAUGCCAUUUCGGUGCAGCCUGCACACGGGCCAACUGCCAUUUCCAGCACCCUGAAGGACGGGUGCUUCCGACAUCGUUCCACCGCGGGCUCUCUUCUUCGACGCCGCUGGUGAAUGUGCCUCAACCGGAGACGGGCUCGAUUGGGGCGGCCAGUCACCACCGCAGUAUGACAUUCAAUCAAAGCCUGAGCGCCAAGCAGAAGCUGGACCAGCAGGUUAAAGAGAUCGAGGAGAAGAAGAUCCAGGCGCAGAACGAGAUGAAAGCCGCGCAGGAGGCGCAAGCCACCGCCAAAAAAGACGCUGUCCCCAUUUCCGCAUAA